GUUGUAAACAGAGGCUGCAGCUUCUCGCAGGCCAAAGUGAAACAUCACUUUUUAAGAUGAAUAACGUCGAGUGUGAACGGUUAGAUAGUCUGGAGGGCUGGGUGGCGGUGAAAAGUAACAUAUUUGAAGAAACUGAGACGUUUAAACUCGGCUUUAUCGUACAGUGGAAUGUCAUAGAGUGUAAGUUUGCUGUCACUUGCCAUAACCGGACGUUACAACGGCAGAAACGAAAAGCUGAGGUAACGGCUAGUGACCCACAGAUGAGUUGGGCUGGACUCUUCUCCGUGAACGACUUGAAACAUAUCCAUCAACAGUUUACAUGCGUGUCAGACAUCUUGUCGACCUGCUUUCCGGAUUUAUCAGAGUUUGAGGAGGGCAACAUUUGGGACUUGCUCUUCCUGACUCGGAGGUCGGGUCCUGAAGACGACGAUGAGAGGGAUUUUGACACACCGUGUCGAAAACUGGAGAAAUAUUUCAGCACUGCCAUCGACCUCUGCGGCAGAAAAAUUGUUCUCGAUACGUUAUUCACGCAGGACGAGCGGGAUGUGGAGGAAUACUUUGAAAAUCUUCAGGAGUUCAAGAGGAAGACCAUGCAGGAGGAGAUGGGCAGGGCCAAGGUUCACCUGCGAAAGCUACUGCAGACUCAUGGCUCUGCAGACGGGAUGGUUGCCCUCCUCAGCAUCUAUGAUGAAGAAGAUGAAGCCUAUCAAGACCUGGUCACUGUGGCCACCACCUUUUUCCAGUAUCUGCUACAGCCUUUCAGGGACAUGAGAGAGCUGGCCUGUCUCUACAAGAUAGAGAUAUUGAAGUCUUUGGAGUUUGAAGACUUGGGUCCUAAGAGAAUUGCAGCGUUGGAGAAGGAGGCGGAGGAGUGGAAAACAAAAGCAAACGAAGCAGUUGCAUCAAUUCAGGACAUCACUGUCACCUACUUUGCACAGACUUCAAAGGCUCUAGCUGGUAUGUUAAAGCAGAUGGAGGAGGAUAAGUGUCGUUUUGGAGCAGCAGCCUGGGCGUCUGCAGCACCCCGAAUGGAGAAACUACGCUUCCUAUUGGCCAAAGAAACCCUGCAGCACAUGAGAACCACAGAAAUGUGCCUCAACCGCAAGAAGGACGGCAUCAGAGAACGGAUGGGCAGUCUUUCUGGCAAAGUUGACAGCAAUAAAAAUUCUGGCUCUGCGUCUGAGGACGACCAGCAGCAGGACACAGUGGACCAGCUGGAACUGCAGUUCUAUGAAACCCAACUGGAGCUGUAUGACACCAAGUUUGUGAUACUGAAGCACGAGGAGCAGCUGCUGGUGGCUCAGAUUGACACCCUGCGGCGGCAGAUUAAAGAGCUGAAAGAGGAGGUGGUGUACUACGAUGUGUGUGAGGAUCCAGAGGAGCUGCAGAGCAUGCUCCACACCAGUAUUCACCCAGCAGACUCUCCUGCUGUCAGUCAGCUUAAAAAACGACUUCAAAACCUGGAGGCCAAGAGAGGCAACAUCUGUGCCCGGCGGGCUUAUCUGCGCAACAAAAAGGAUCAGUGCAUGGAAGCUAACGAGCAGAAGCAGCAGCUGGCCAAGCAGAGCUCCAUCCUCUACAGCCAGCAUCAUCAAGUCCACCUGAAUCGAGAAAAGAGGAAGGAGGAGGAGCAGAAGAGGAAACAGUGGGUGGACCAGGAGCGAGAGAAGACUCUGAACAGAUUACGAUCAUUCAGAGAGAAGCGUCAGGGCCAGUUCAUCCUGAAGACUCCACAGUCCAGGACGUCUCCUUCAGAAGUCUCGUGUCCUUCCCAGCCGAUGUCGAUCAUCAGCAUCGGCCCCUCAGAGGGACCCCCUUCCAUCCGUCCAGCACCCAAAAAACGCAACAAAAUACCAAAAAAACAGCAGCCUAAGGACAUCCCUAUCCAAAUCUUCUCUGCACCACCACCACCUCCAACCAUGGCCUGUCCAACUGCACAUCCUCCCCCACCACCACCACCUCCUCCGCCACCACCUCCACCACCACUGCCUGCAGUUCCUCCACCUGUCCAACCCCCACCUUCCUCUGAAGACACCCCGUUGCCUCUCAGUGAAAGAGAAUACCCCCCUUUUCCAGCAAAGAGCAUGCUCAAACAAAACAUAGGAACGAUGGAUGAAGUGUUGGCCUCCUUGCAGCGUGGACAGAUCCAGCUCAGAAAGGUCCAGGCUCCAAGAAUGGCACCCGUUGCUGAGGAUGCAAGAAGUUCUUUGAUGUCUGCCAUCAGGCAGGGUGUCACACUGAAGAAGGUGGUUCCUGCACGUGCAGAAGUCCCAAACAGCAGAGACACUGAGCUGGAGCGCAGCAUCAAAGCAGCCAUGAUGAGGAUGAAGAAGGUGUCAGCCGAUUCUGAUGAGGAGGACAGAGGAGACGACGACACACCAAGUGCAGACUGGGAUAGCUGAGAGCACACAAACACAAAUGCACAGUCACACCGAAGAAGCUGUUCUCCUAGAUUACCCCUGCUGUGUUUAUUUUUUUUUUAAGUUCUGAGCUACAGCUUAUGCCACUGUCAAAUUUGACUUAAAAGUAUUUUCUCCCUUAGGAGGACUAGAUUAAACCUCCUCUUACUGCAGUGCUGCGGUUUGUUUAAGUAGUUUAUUAAUAAUCGUUUUUGCCAUUUUUCAAAAUAGCCCUGAGUUGUUGCAUUAAAUCUAAAAGUGCUCAAAUGAGAAUACAGAUUUAGUCUUCUCUACAGCAGUUGGUUUGCAGAAAUCCCAAACUGAGUAAAUGAGGCUUUAGAAGAAAAGCCGAGCUGUAGUGUUGUAGCACAAAGUGUGUAAAUGAUUGAAUUUCUCCCAGCUCUGCAUUUGAAAGCCUUUAGUGAGGCUGUCACACAGCAGGGGAAGCCUGAGCUGCAGGCAGAGACGACUACACUACAUGACUCCACUGUCACUAACGCUCAUUUUCCUGCAAUGCUGAGUCUACACUCAGUCAACUUCUCUUGUUUUGAAUGUAGAAAGCUCUGAGCAAAUGUAACCUGAUUUUACCCCCAUAAGGGCUAUGGUAGCGUUUGCACCUUCUUAUAUAACAAAGGAACAUUGAAGUCCUGGGGAGCAGCAGUGUUAAUUAUUUACAGCCUACAUGUCUGAUGUGUGCGUCAUUGUUUGUGUUUCAGGCUGUUUGAUGCACUCUUUUGUCCUGGUGUUUACUGUGUCGGAAAUGUGGGAAUGUGCUAGGCUUAAUUUAGCUGCUAAUUACAUAUCAUGCAUUAUUUCCUCCUUUAUCAUGCCAUAUCAAAUCAAGAGAUUCUGAUUAUGUUUUUAAUAAUAAAUACCGUCUUAUGAAUCAAGAAUUACUCACUGCAGCUUGCUCUUUAAAUGUGGUUAAAUCCUCAGAACAAAUUGUCGACUUGUGUUGGACAAACGUAUGCACUUAUUUCCUUUAAACCUGUGACACACAGCACUUAAUUUAGCUGAAUCUGUGUUAAAAUAAUAUAGACUAUACUGUAAGGAAAAUAGCAUUUGACAGUGAAUUGCUGCGCUGUACGACAAUGUUUCAUUGUGCUAAGUAACUUACUCCAGUGUGUUAGAGAUCAGCUGAUGAUACCUGAGGCUCGAACACACAAAGCUGUACUGCUGUUUUUUAAAAUAAAGACAAAAUGUUUGAUCAGAA